GCCCUUCUUCGUGGACCACAACAGCCGCACCACCACCUGGACCGACCCGCGCCUGCACGGGCCCCAGGAAGGCCAGUCAUCAGCAAACGGUCCAUCUCGCGACAGCCCACGGCAGCCACAAGUGAGAGAAGGAAGCAUGGGAUACCCAAAACUUCGUGCUGGCUAUAUCCCUAUUCCGGUCAUCCAUGAAGGCGCUGAGAACAGACAACAGUACACGUAUUAUUCCGCUCCUCAACCUGCCACGCAACGAUUCAAGGCAGAAACUUCUCCCACCUCAGUGCGGUCGCAAUCACCCUUAACGGGGGCUUACGUCUGCUCGGAGUCCCCUGCUCGGGGACCAAUUGAAGCUGCUCAGACAGAUAAACAAUGUGGACAGACAACAGCAGCUGUGACAGCCCCGGUUCCAGCCUCACAUGGGCCUGAGCAACCUCAGUCUCCUUCAAGUUCUGAAUUGCCACCAGUUUCUCCCCAGUCAUCUGGCAGAGCCAAUGCAGGAAGCCAUCAGCUCCCUCGAGGUUAUAUUCCAAUCCCUGUGAUCCAUGAAGAAAAUAUCCUCAGGCAACAACCACAAGUCUACCAUCAAGCACAGAAGACGCACUACCCUGCUCAGCAAAGUGAUUACCAAGUCCACCACCCAGUGUAUCACAAAAUUCAGGCUGAUGAGUGGGAGCCCAAGACAACACGAGCACAGCCUCCGUUCAGAGUGUCUCAGAAAGGCUCAUCAAGUCGUGACAGUUCACCAGCCAGAGUUACCGCUCAGAUACAGCCCACAACUCCCAUCAGAGUACAGACUGUUGUGGACAGACCACAGGCUUCUCCACAGCAAAUCCCACCUCAAGAAACCUCACCAAGACCACCUCCUGAGAGCAGAUCUGAAAACAAAGCAAGCCCAGUUCCACCGUCUGGAGUUGGGGCGCCAUCAUCUUAUAUCCCCGUUCAAGUUGUUCAGAAAGAGCCAGAUUCUAAACCACCUCCACAGAAACCUGUACCCAUGCCAGAGAGGGAUGAUAAAAAGCUUUCCUGUCCUCCUAAAAGUGCACCUCCAGAGGAGAGGCCUGCUCCUGAAGAGACGCCAGCACCGAAAACCAUGGAAGAAGCGGAAGAGCUGCAGAAGCAUCCUGGGGUUUUGAAAGUGGAGGCAAUUCUAGAUAAAGUACAGUUGCUUGAGCAGGCAGUGGAUUCCUUUGAAGGCAAGAAAAAUGACAAAAAAUAUUUGAUGAUCGAAGAAUAUUUGACCAAAGAGUUGCUAGCCCUAGACUCUGUGGACCCCGAGGGUCGUGCAGAUGUGCGCCAAGCUAGGAGAGAUGGUGUAAGGAAGGUCCAGAAUAUUUUGGAAAGACUUGAACAAAAAGCAGAAGAUGUCCCAGAACCAGAUGAAAAUGAUGGAUUUCAGCCAUUCUUUCCAGGGAAUGAUAAACCACCACAGGAAAUCAUGGAGAUUAAUCCUGUGGUGGAUAAAAGCAAGGGCGAUGCAGGUAAACAAGUUGCCAGAGAGGAAAUCAAAAUGGAAAGGCAUCAGCCUGAAACUAAGGAAGACGUAUUUACCAAUCUUGCCAGCACCACAAACCCAUCUCAUAACCCAACCGAACCAUAGCUACAUGCUAAAUUAUAAAGCUCUCGGACUUUUAACUCUAAGUGUGUUUAAGUGAAUUUUAAGUUGCAUGCAUUUCAGGAGCUUUUUAUCAACUGGUUUUUAAUCAACAUAGCAGCUUGGGACACAGUAAACACUUGGGUAGCUGAACAAGGGGGCUAUAAGAAAAAAAAAAAGUAAUGCAUUUAUCCUAUAUUCUUACACAAUAGAAAGAGACAUGUUUCAGGCCCUGUACAUCAGUCACUUCUGUGCCAUCUGAGUGCAAAAAACCCUCAGGGUUAAUAUUGAUGCAUGUUGUAUUGAAAUGUUUCUUUUGCAGGUGAUUUUUGUAAAAUCAAUGCCCUGCGGACUUAGAAUCCCAAAUCCUUCUAUAAAUGUAGCCACUCCAACAAGAAUAUUUUAUUUUUAAUGUUCACAAUUGGGCACUUUAAGUAAUGAUAUAUAGAGGAUGUGUAAGAAAUGGUAGGGAUAUUUAUGUGUGUAGAACUUCAAUGCUAUAUUUUAAAAGGGAAAUAAAAUAAUAUAGAAAUCUGA